AUGACCUGCAGGGUAGGGCGGGAUUUCGAAGAUGGUGGUAACUUAAUAGACUUCCAGAAUGGCUUGAACGAUUUCAACCUAUAUCUUUCAUCUCGUGACCAGGGAGACGAAACGAUGGAACUGACGGAUUUUAAUCUUCACUGUGAGGUUCGCAAACCGGAAAGGGACGUUGCGCACUGGAGUUGCGAAGGGCGAGACUGCAAUGACGCCAAGCUAAAACCGUUUCUAGUUUGA